AUGGUACCAAUGGUGUCUAAUAUUCAUCAUUGUCAUCUGAUGGUAAACAAGCUGUACAGGAAGCAGAGAUUGGAUACUCACUACUCCAGUAAUGUUGUUGUACACUACAACAGGUUUGGAGAUAAUACAGAUAUACCGACCCACACACUGACCUCUGCACAAGCAGACACACAGUGGUACUACUUACAAGUAAGCAAUGCACAGGCAGGGAUGCUAUAUCGCUUCACUAUUGUCAGCUUUACCAAGUAUAAUAGCCUAUCUAAAGAUGGCUUGUGGCCAUUGUUGUACUCAGAAGUUAAUGCAAAGACACAGCAUAAGAAAUGGCUGGUGAAGGACUGGAAAUUAAUCAAGCAUUAGAAAAACAAUGUGAGGCAAAGUGGACAUCAUUAUUUCUCACUUUGGAUGUUCCAGUUUCCUCAUGACCAAAACACCUGCUACUUUGCCCACUAUUAUCCUUACCCCUACUCCAAUCUGUAGGAGUAUCUGGGGGCCAUCUCUAAAGAUCCAGUGAAGUCCAAAUUCUUCAAGAUUCACAUCUUAUGCCAUUCACUGGCAGGAAACAUCAUCAUCAUCAUCAUCACCACCCACCAUCCCCCUCCAAAAGUGACAAGGAAGGCUGUGAUACUGAUGGUAAGGGUGCAUCCAGGAGAAACGAGUUCCUGGAUAAUGAAGGGGUUCAUGGAUUUCAUUCGUGGAAGCAAAGCUCAACUCCUGUGGGACAAUUUUAUCUUGAAAGUGGUACGAAUGUUGAAUCCAUAUGGUGUGAUUGUGGGAAAUCACCACUUUUUAACAGGCCAUGACUUGAAUUGCAAAUAUAGAUCUAUUGUAGAGGAAUGUUACCCUUCCAUCUGGUGUACCCAAAACAUGAUAAACACACACGUGAAAGACUUGGAGUCCAUGGGACAGCAUUUCCAUAAUGCUCUCUUAAACUACUGCGUAAACAACAAGCAGGAACACAAGAAGGUAGUGAAACAGCAAGCCAGGGUGAACUCCAAGGUCCUAAAUUCUGAUGUGUUAGACUGGAAUACCAACUCUGAGAGUCCCACCCCCAAUGCUAAAGGCAUUUAUGAAAAGUCAUCUGUGCAACAGGAGGCAGGAAUUGUGUGCCAUGAUAUGAUCCUGUCCAAAAGAGAAAAUUUUCAUUCAUCCAACUUUAAUCUGUUCUCCAGAAGAUGAGGAAAAAAUGGUUAAAGUGUCUUCAAGACCGCAGAGAAGACUUUCAAUAUCUAA